AUGUCGGUGAAGGUGGCUGGCAUUCAGCCAGAAAAACUGAGCGCUGUUUUCCUCUAUGAAGCCUGCCGUCAGCCGAGACACCUCAACAGCCGCGGCCGCGUGGCCAGGCAAGGCAUCUUGAUACUAGGCAUCGAGGAUGUCGCCGCAGCGAUGGGUCUCUCCAUGGGUGUGGAGCGACCGUCGACAAUUGCUUCAGCUGACGCGGCGAGUGCCUCGUUGAAAGACGAAAGGACCAUCCACUGCCUGUUGAAACAUCUCGAGGUGUCGGGGCAUCCCAAUGGUCCUCGAAAGUCCAUUGGGGCAAGAGAAGGUGGCACUUACAUACCUCUGGGGCGGAAAGAGACUCGGAGUCGCAAGAAACUCGGCCUCGGUAACGAUGGGGAGAAUAGGCGCCACAUCGGUAAAGUAGGCGUUUAUGAGGUUCUCGAUGACGUCGCGCUCAACGUGCAGAUCCAGCGGCUUGGAAUGGACCAUCGCCGCCUGAUCUUCACUCGACGGCUUCUGCACCUGGAUCAACCCGUCGCCGGACUUGCUGACCUCGAAGGAUAUUCGGGCAAGUUUGCGGCAUCAUCUCCUCUUUCUUCGCGCAAACUCAUCGUUGAGAGAAGGUUUAACCUCCUCGAUUAA